CGUAUUUUCAGUCCAGCUGGUUAGCAACUUAGCAUAGCACACAUACAAUACUAGAUUGGCGUCUUUAGCUAGAGACCACCACCGAUUUACGACGUUACAAAAGGGGCCGCUAACAAGUUCAUGUACCGGUGCCUGCAAAUACCCGGUCGAACUAUCUAAUCGCUUCACUGUGUUUGCUCCUCUUAUAGGGGGGCUGGCGACCCCAGUCCCCCAGACAUAGCGUACAACGAUUCUAUAUUAGCCUUCCUGACCUGCCACCUGUAACUUUAGCAUAGGAAAAAUGGUGAAAACGAAAGGAGGAAGGACUCUCAAUCCUGCGGAUUCGUUCCGCAAGGAGCAGCGCAAAAAGGAGGUGGCGCGCAACAAGAUGGAGCGGAAGUUCAUCCGUGAGGGCGCAAAGAUGCGUUCAGACCCUGAAUCGCUCAAGAAGGAGCUUCAAGAGCUAAUUGACAUGGAGGAGAACGGAACUCUGCCUAAAAACCUGAAGCUUAAGAAGAAGGCGCUGCAGGAAGCGUACGACCAGGCCCUAAAGCGGAGAAAGGAGGAGGAGCUCAAAGCCAAAAUCGGCGGGCCACAGCUAGCAGCCCCGGGCGCAGCAGGACCCGUCGCGCUGCGGCCCCAGGAUUCGCCGUACUACCACCCCACGCUUAACCCCACCGGCGCGCCGCCGCCAGGUAAAGGCGUGGCGCCCACGGCUCCCACCGCAGCUCCCGCCGGGCCAGCCAUCCCCGUGCCCAAGGCCCCGCCGCUACCGUCGGGGCCGAGGCCGACGAUGCCGCCGCCGCCAGCGGCGCCACCGCUGCCAAGGGGCCCCGCGCCCAGCAACAUUCCGCCGGCGGUGCCGCUGCCGCCGCCAGAUGAACCGCCGCCGCCGGUGCUGCCGCCGCCGGACCACCCGCCGCCCGGACACAAGCUGCCGCCGCCGUCAAUGCCGCCGCCGAUGUUGGGGAAGCUGCCGCCGCCGCCAGGGCCGCCGCCGCCGCUCAUGGGGACGUUGCCGCCGCCACCGGGGCCGCCGCCGCCGGUGCUGGCGGCAGAGGGCGCGCAGCCUCCUGCUCCGGGUACGGAAGAGGAGGGGCCACCCGGUGUCGGCCCCGGCUCCGCAGCUGCAGUAGCAGUACCGGGGUCGGCGGUAGCAGCUGGCGGGAUGCCGCCGCCACCUCCACCGGGGCCGCCGCCAGGGCCGCCUCCCCCGGGGUUGCCGCUGCCGCCGCCGAUGGGCGGUCCGCCGCCAGGCAUGCUGCCGCCGCCACCGCCCGGCAUGAUGCCGCUGCCGCCACCACCGCCGCCCCACAUGCUGCCGCAUAUGGGAAUGCCUCAUCUGGCCCUGCCGGCCCAGUACUCGGCGCCACCCGCCACACUGGCUGCAGCCGCGGGGCAACCGGUGGUCGCAUCCGCACCCGCAGCACCCGGCCGCACCACCGCGGCUGCCGCCGCCGCCACCAUCUCCGGAGCCUCCACGGUGGCUAAGCGGCUCCCCGCCACGCAGGACAAGCAGCUGCUGUCGAUGGUCCCCGCUGCCCUUCGAGUGCGGAGGGAGGAUGCUGCGCCUAAGCCGAAGCGCCAGGCGCUAGGGGGGCCCGGGGGAGCAGGUGCGGGGGGUCGGGCGGACGCAGGAUCGGGGUUCGGCCUUGCACCCAAGCCGGUGGCCGCGGGCAGCGGCGGAGCAGGAGCAGGCGGCAAGGACGCGGGCCCAGCGUCUGCGGACCAGAAGUACCUAGACUUCUUGGCGAGUGUGGCGGACUUGGGUGCUUUUGACUAGUUAAAAGAUGGAUGGAUGUGCGUUCAGGGUUGUGAGGUGCGGUUGGAUGGGGCAGCAGGGGAGGAGCGGGUAGGCCUUGAGAGAGGCAGGGAGCGGAAUUAGGUGGAUUAGGGGAUUUAGGAGGCGAGGCUGCAAGGGGGCUGCGGCGGAGUUGAAGAGGUGAGACUGUAGGUUGGGCCUGAACCUGGGAUUGAAGUUGUUCCUGGGCUACUGUUAACGCAGCACCGGCUGUAUGCAAUGGUAGCGACGUGGCUUCUACUUGUAAGGAGGAAAGGCUGGUAGCUAGGUGUUUGGCUCCAAACAUGGGGUCAGUUAGUCAGCGUCUGAAGAAGGAUGAGCAAAGGCGAUACCACUAUGCGAAGGCAUCGAUCGUUAUCUAGGUAUGCCUGUGCAUGGCAUCCAACUUCACCGUACGCGGCAUCGCCAACAGGCGCUGUAGACUUUACCGGUCGGCAGACCGGGAGGCCAGACUGGACAGACAUACCAAGUGGAUCAGUGCAAACUUCAAUACUUAUUAUCACAAUCUUACAAACACUCCCGAUAGGAAGCUCGCCGUCCUUAAGUUUACCUCUCUCGGCCCAGUGGGUAGCCCUAAAACCAAGCAACAAAUGCAAUAAUGCGUAAUUAGUAUACGAUUUACUGUUCUAUAGCGUUCUAUUCUUUAAGGGCGCGAUGGACAGGUUAAUGAGCAAUCAUUUUGCUGGUUCACUUGCGCCGAGACAAUGCAACCUUGCCAAGGGAGCUUUCAGGACAAAAUGGAGCUUCAAUGCAUGGAACAAUCAACCUGUCCAGCUUGGUAGAGCAGGUCUUGGGAGGCAUGAGCGACGAAACAUUAAAGCGCAAGCGGCAGCGGCAGCAUCAGCGGCGUUUGACCCACCAGGUGGGACGCCAUUGGAAGCAACCAUAACACGCGCUCCAGCACAACCAGCGCUGGAAGCCUCCCCAGCCUCCUCUCGUACCUCACCCUCGUCCUUGCCCUCCUCGACACCUCCUCAACCAGCCUCCCCCUCCGCGGAGCCCGCCUUCCGCCCUGCUCCCCGCACCUUCCGCAUCCCCAACCUCUCCGCGCCCAUCACCUGGACCUUCAUGCUCAGCUACAUGGCCUUCAUGCUCAUCAUGCCAAUCACCGCGCUGCUCCAGAAAGCCAGCGCCAUCCCGCUCGCAACCUUCAUCGCGCGCGCGACCGAACCCGUUGCCGUACACGCCUACUUUGUCACCUUCUCCUGCGCGAUCCUGGCCGCGGUGUUCAAUUGCUUCUUCGGCUUCGUGCUCGCCUGGGUGCUCGUACGCUACAAGUUCCCAGGUCGCAAGCUGCUAGACGCGGCCGUGGAUCUGCCCUUCGCCCUCCCCACUUCCGUCGCGGGCCUUACGCUCGCGACCGUGUACGGCGACGAGUUCUUCAUCGGGCAGUUCCUCCAAAGCCUCGGCAUCCACGUCGUGUUCACGCGGCUGGGCGUGGUGAUCGCCAUGAUCUUCGUCUCCUUUCCUUUUGUCGUACGUACCAUGCAGCCCGUCAUGCAAGAAAUACAGCGCGAGAUGGAGGAAGCGGCCUGGUCGCUUGGAGCCUCGCGAUGGAGGACCUUUGUGGACGUGGUCUUCCCGCCGCUCUUUCCCUCGCUUCUCACAGGCACAGCACUCGCGUUUUCCCGCGCGUUGGGCGAGUUCGGGUCGAUCGUGAUCAUCUCCUCCAACUUUGCGUUUAAAGAUCUCAUCGCGCCCGUUCUGAUCUUCCAGUGCUUGGAGCAGUACGACUAUGUGGGGGCGACUGUGAUUGGCACGGUGCUGCUGCUGAUCUCGCUGGUGAUGAUGCUGGCGGUCAACCAGCUGCAAUCCUUCAACCAGCGGUUCAGGCGGUAGUGUGGAUGGAGGUGGUGUGGGUCGACAAGAGCGUGGCGGCAGGUGCUGGGAGCGUGAGGAUGUCUGAUUGGAACAGCUGGGCUGGCUGGGAGCUGUGAACUACCCAGGGGCUUCUGGCCUGGCCGCUGUUUAGCUCUGCUCUGAGGAGGUAGCACCGAGCUAACAGAGAGCUAAGCGUUGUGGGCUUCCUGGCAGGCGGCCCUUCAGGAGGAGAGGCAGCGGCAGCCACAGCGGCGGCAGCAGCGGAGGAGGAGGAGGAGCAGCAGCAGUGGACGAGCAGCGACAGCAGCGGAGGUAAUCCGACAAAGGUGGACAUGCGGUGUUAGCAGCUGGGGAAUAGGAGGGACAAUGGUUGAUGACCUUACCCGAUCCGCUCUCGCGGAGGCAGGAGCUUCACUUUGGGAAUGUCUUUGGCGUCGGCGCGGCAGAGCACUCAAAGCAGCGGCACGCCCAUAUGCCGGUGGUGGUCUUAAUAGUGCUGAGUUGCGGUUGUUGGGCCGGUGAGGGCCUGUUGCGGUAUGCUGGACUGCUCAUGUAGACGUCCUGCGGCGCCCCUUGUCGGCUGUGGCUGCAUAUGUAGUCACGGUUGGAGCUCCGUUGGCUGUGGCUAAGGGGGUAGUGAGAAGGUGUCGCCUUUUGGGAAGGCGAGGAAGUGUGAAGCCCCAAUGGGUGGCGUUCGACGAGAACGGGGGUUUACUGCAGCGAAGGGCAGGUGUGUGUUGAAUGCCGG